AUGACAUUCAAUGAAGUGUUUGACAACAGCUCAUUGGGCCUUUGCACUAAGACAAAGGUACACAUCAAGUUACUUCCAAAUGCAAAAGAGGGUUUUAUACCCAAACGUCCAGUUCCAUAUGCGGUACGCAGUGAAAUUGAAAUGGAACUACAACGUCUGGAAAAUGCAGCUACGAUCAAGCUAAUGGACGAGUAUUGUUCACAUUUAGGAAACCCCGAGCAACUGGUAUUAGAUAAUGGUACUCAGUUUUGUUCCAGCGUUUUUGAACAAUGGUGUAAUGAAAGAGCCAUAACACAUACUCGAACUGUUCGUUUCCACCCCAGCUCGAACGGUCAAGCCGAAAGGUUUGUCGACACUUUCAAACGAGCACUCAAGAAAAUGGAAAAGGAAGGAACGACAGCGGAAAUUCUUCAAAGAUUCUUAGAGGUAUACAGAUCCAUACCAAACUCAAAUUCGCCGAAAGGUGCAUCGCCAGCGGAAGCAUUUUUAGGACGCAAGAUGAGAACCAUAUUUGACGCUCUCAAACAGCCUUCACCAUCGCUUCUAGAAAGGAACCUGAAAAUAGAGAAUCAGUACAACUGCAAACAUGGAACUAAGUCAAAAUCGUUCAAGCAUGGAGAUCUUAAUAGGCAACGUCCCCUACAAAACAUUGAUAUGGAUAGGGAAUCGGAAGAUGAGAUAAUUAAAGCACAUUCAGAUCAGCUUCGAACCAGGAUAGCAGAUGUGCAACCAUCACCAGACAACACAUUAUCUCUGGACAUUCUACUUCAAGAUUUCGAGAUUCGACAAACAUCAGAAGAAAACUCACCUCUUGUAUUACCUUCUAAUGUUUCGACAUCAUCACCGCCGCCAACGGAUGAGUUCAUUACUCCUCCAACUUCACCAAUCAAAAACCAACCAAAAACAAUCACCCAAAGAAGACAACCUGUAGAACCAAUCAGCAGGAGCCCGGUUCAAACUUAA